CUGAUAUCAUUUUGUUUCGCUUUUCAUCUACAACACAAGUUAUUCUCUCAGGUAAUCUCGAAAGAUGACCAUAAUUGGUGGCAAGCCAGAUUCGUGUCUCGUUUCCCUUCUCUUGGAACAUCUUGUCUACUGUCUAGCAAUAUAGCUGGCCUAAUUCCUUCUCCAGAGCUGCAGGAAUGGAGGACUGCAUGUCUCGCGAUGGAGCGGGCUAAGGAUAACUCGCACUGUAUGUGGUUCGCCAAGAGAAAGAAGUAUUAUUCAACAAAAUAUCUCCAGAAACAUUCAGCACUUUUCGAUCAGCUAGAUCUCGUCACCUAUGAAGAGGUACACGCAUUAGUAUUGUUUUGA